CCAGAAUGUGAACACCUUUCCACUGGUUGAUAGCAGUGGCUCACACAGCUCUGAAGAACCCUAAGAAGCACCCUGGAGGGGAACGCUCAGUAGAAGCACCAUGGAGACCGUUAGGAUAGCCCUCCUCGUCCUCCUUCUAACCUCGCUCCAGCUCCUCACAACAGGUAAGCCUACAGGGAUAUUUAGACCAAAAUGACCACUAACUGGCUUGGAUAGGAGAUCGCAUAUGGUGACAAAGGACUGUUGUCUCACAGCCAGGAAUGUUGCCUAAAAUGUUUAAUUCAAUUAAUAAUGGGUUUUAAAAGUUACACAGUUACAAAGUGUUUAACACUGUUGGACAGAGUUUGGACAAGUUUUAGUUAGGCAAAAUGGAUGCUUGGGAAAAUAGGUAAAAAGACUUGCCAGUAGUUGCAUUGUAUAGUGUUUUAUGUUAUUUUGUCUGGAUGAGUAGAAUAAUUGUUUUUAUUGGCUUUUACUUAUUGUCUUAAUCAGACUUGGUUUGCAAAUAAAAAUAUCUUGCAUAUGGACAUUUGGGUCAUUAAAUAUCUUAGUAUAGUAUGACAUGAAACACGACUGGCGAUCACAAUCAAGGUAUUCAGAACAGUAUGUAUGCGAGUUGUUCUAAGAGACAGGCUCACACUUUGAACAUUUCUCCAGGGACGUCCAGUGAUGCCUAAGUGCAUUUUUCCAUUGGUCCAAGCCUGAGAUAAGAGCAGCGUUGUUUUUUGUUGUUGUUGAUGGGAAUCUUGUGUAGUGUUCCCAUUAAAACGGUAUAUUAUCCUAGUCAGGCCCCAUGUGGAGGAAGGUGCAGCCUCAAACCUUAAUAAGGUGCUAUGAAUGUUAAUAAAGUAGUAUAACACUUCAGAACACUUCGGGUUAAGGUGCGUCAAGUGUUACCAGGAGACCUCCCCAAGUCGCCCAAGAGCAGCUCCUCAAUUCAAACUUUAUUUGUCACAUGCGCCGAAUACAACAGGUGUAGACCUUACCGUGAAAUGCUUACUUACAAGCCCUUAACCAACAAUGCAGUUCAAGAAAGAGUUAAGAAAAUAUUUACCAGAUAAACUAAAGUAAAAAAUUAUAAAAAGUAACACAAUAAAAUAACAAUAACGAGGCUAUAUACAGGGGGUACCGGUACCGAGUCAGUGUGCGGGGGUACAGGUUAGUCGAGGUCAUUUGUACCUGUAGGUAGGGGUAAAGUGACUAUGCAUAGAUAAUAAACAGCGAGUAGCAGCAGUGUAAAAACAAAGGGGUGGGGGUCAAUGUAAAUAGUCCAGGUGGCCAUUUGAUUAAUUGUUCAGCAGUCUUAUGGCUUGGGUGUAGAAGCUGUUAAGGAGCCUUUUAGACCUAGACAUGUCGCUCCGGUACUGCUUGCCAUGCGGUAGCAGAGAGAACAGUCAAUGACUUGGGUGACUGGAAUCUUUGACAAUUUUUAGGGCGUUCCCCUGACACCGCCUGGUAUAGAGGUCCUGGAUGGCAGGAAGCUUGGCACCAGUGCUGUACUGGGCUGUAUGCACUACCCUCUGUAGCGCCUUACGGUCAGAUGCCGAGCAGUUGCCAUACCAGGCGGUGAUGCAACCGGUCAGGAUGCUCUCGAUGGUGCAGCUGUAGAACAUUUUGAGGAUCUGGGGACCCAUGCCAAAAAAAUGUCAGUCCUCCUGAGGGGGAAACGGUGUUGUCGUGCCCUCUUCACGACUGUCUUGGUGUGUUUGGACCAUGAUAGUUCGUGGUGAUGGAAGGAACUUGAAACUCUCGACCCGCUCCACUACAGCCCCAUUGAUGUUAAUGGGGGCCUGUUCGGCCUGCCUUUUCCUGUAGUCCACAAUCAUCUCCUUUGUCUUGCUCACAUUGAGGGAGAGGUUGUUGUCCUGGCACCACACUGCCAGGUCUCUGAUCUCCUCCCUAUAGGCUGUCUCAUCGUUGUCGGUGAUCAGGCCUACCACUGUUGUGUCGUCAGCAAACUUAAUGAUGGUGUUGGAGUCGUGCUUGGCCACGCAGUCGUGGGUGAACAGGUAGUACAGGAGGGGACUAAGCACGCACCCCUGAGGGGCCCCAGUGUUGAGGAUCAGCAUGGCAAAUGUGUUUUUGCCUACCCUUACCACCUGGGGGCGGCCCGUCAGGAAGUCCAGGAUCCAGUUGCAGGGGGAGGUAUUUAGUCCCAGGGUCCUUAGCUUAGUGAUGAGCUUUGUGGGCACUAUGGUGUUGAACGCUGAGCUGUAGUCAAUGAACAGCAUUCUCACAUAGGUGUUCCUUUUGUUCAGGUGGGAAAGGGCAGUGUAGAGUGCAAUUGAGAUUGCGUCAUCUGUGGAUCUGUUGGGGCGGUAUGUGAAUUGGAGUGGGUCUAGGGUAUCCGGGAUGAUGCUGUUGAUGUGAGCCAUGACCUGCCUUUCAAAGCACUUCAUGGCUACCGACGUGAGUGCUACGGGGCGGUAAUCAUUAAGGCAGGUUACCUUCGCUUCCUUGGGCACAGGGACAAUGGUGGUCUGCUUGAAACAUGUAGGUAUUACAGACUCGGUCAGGGAGAGGUUGAAAAUGUCAGUGAAGACACUUGCCAGUUGGUCCGUGCAUGCUUUGUGUACACAUCCUGGUAAUCCGUCUUGCCACGUGGCUAUGUGAAUGUUGAUCUGUUUAAAGGUCUUGCUCACAUCGGCUACCGAGAGCAUUAUCACACAGUUGUCCGGAACAGCUGGUGCUCUCAUGCAUGCUUCAAUGUUGCUUGCCUCGAAGCGAGCAUAAAAGGCAUUUAGCUCGUCUGGUAGGCUUGCGUCACUGGCCAGCUCGCAGCUGGGUUUCCCUUUGUAGUCCGUAAUUGUUUUCAAGCCCUGCCACAUCCGAUGAGCAUCAGAACCGCUGUAGUAGGAUUCAAUCUUAAUCCUGUAUUGACGCUUUGCCUGUUUGAUGGUUCGUCUGAGGGCGUAGCGGGAUUUCUUAUAUGCGUCCGGAUUAGUGUCCCACUCCUUGAAAGCGGCAGCUCUAGCCUUUAGCUCGAUGCGGAUGUUGCCUGUAAUCCAUGGCUUCUGGUUGGGAUAUGUACUAAUGGUCACUGUGGGGACGACGUCGUCGAUGCACUUAUUGACGAAGCCAGUGACUGAGGUGGUAUACUCCUCAAUGCCAUUGGAUGAAUCCCAGAACAUAUUCCAGUCUGUGCUAGCAAAACAGUCCUGUAGCAUAGCAUCCGCGUCAUCUGACCACUUCUGUAUUGAGCGAGUCACUGGUACUUCCUGCUUUAGUUUUUGCUUGUAAGCAGGAAUCAGGAUGAUAGAAUUAUGGCCAGAUUUGCCAAAUGGAGGGUGAGGGAGAGCUUUCUAUGCUUCUCUGUGUGUGGAGUAAAGGUGGUCUAGAGUUUUUUUUCCUCUGGUUGCACAUGUGAAAUUAGGUUAAAUGGAUUUAAGUUUGCCUGCAUUAAAGUCCCCGGCCACUAGGAGCGCCGCUUCUGAAUGAGCAUUUUCUUGUUUGCUUAUGGCCAUAUACAGCUCGCUAAGAUUCUCUGUCCUGCCGAUGCAUGGAAAAUACCGCCAGCUCUAUAUUAUCUGUGUUGUCGUUCAGCCAUGACUCUGUGAAACAUAAGAUAUUAAAGUUUUUAAUGUCCCGUUGGUAGGAUAUUCUUGAUCGUAGAUCAUCCAUUUUGUUUUCCAAUGAUUGCACAUUGGCCAAUAGGACAGAUGGUAGUGGAGGUUUACUCACUGGCCUACGAAUUCUCAGAAGGCAGCCCUUUUCUCCGUCUUUUCUUCACGCAAAUGACAGGGAUUUUGGCCCGUUCCCGAGAAAGCAGUAUAUCCUUCGCGUCGGACUCUUAAAGAAAAAGUAUUCCUCCAGUUCGAGGUGAGUAAUCGCUGUUCUGAUGUCCAGAAGUUCUCUUCGGUCAUAAGCGACGGUAGCAGCAACAUUAUGUAUACAAUAAGUUAAAAAAGAAGUUACAAACAACGCGAAAAAACCAACACAAUAGCACAGUUGGUUAGGAGCCCGUAAAACGGCAGCCAUCCCCUCAGGCGCCAUCACUUAAAGGUUGACAGGGAGACCAACCAAAGCUGUUGGCAGGACAUUGAAGCAUCCCUGUUUUACUAAAGGUCUAUUGUAAGACCAGAUGCACAACCGAAAUAGUCUUUAUUAGGUGUGUGUGAGGAACGCUGUUCAGCACAUUGUGUGCUUUACACCUACACUGAGUGUACAAAACAUUAAGAACACCUGCUCUUUCCAUGACAUAGACUGACCAGGUGAAAGCUAUGAUCCCUUAUUGAUGUCACUUGUUAAAUCCACUUCAAUCAGUGUCGAUUAAGGGGAGGAGACAGGUUAAGUAAGGGUUUUUAAGCUUAGAGACAAUUGAGACAUGGAUUGUGUAUGUGUGCCAUUUAGAGGGUGAAUGGGAAAGACAAAAUAUUUAAGUGCCUUUGAACAGGAUAUGGUAGUAGGUGCCAGGCGCACCGGUUUGUGUCAAGAACUGCAACGCUGCUGGGUUUUUCACGCUCAACAGUUUAUUCUGUGUAUCAAGAAUGGUCUACCACCCAAAGGACAUCCAGCCAACUUGACACAACUGUGGGAAGCAUUGGAGCCAACAUGGGCCAGCAUCCUUGUGGAACGCUUUCGACACCUUGUAGAGUCCACGCCUCAACGAAUUGAGGCUGUUCUGGGAGGAAAAAGGGGGGUUGCAACUCAAUAUUAAGAAGGUUUGCUUAAUGUUUUGUACACUCAGUGUAUAUUUCAAGUCUCCGCAAGUUCAGUGAAUUUACGCAACAAAUUCACUUAAGAUAAAGUUUAGCCAUCCUUGGCAAUCUUUUCAAGAGACAUAAUGCAUCGGACAACACGGAUAAUAAGACAGAACAUAUAGGAAUAAAAAACAUUGUUUGACGUCCAGGCCCAAGACAGAUGAAUGUGGUUACUUGGGCUAGUGGAAAAUAAAAAGAGGGAGUCUCCUGAUUGUUUGUUUUGAUUGGAGCAUAGGCACAGAUCCAGGACCUGCGCUGCCCAGAAAGGUGAUUGGAGCUGUAGAUAGCCAGUGGGAACCAAACUGCUCCUUCUCUAACAGAGGGAAAUAGAUCAUUGUCCUGUCCCUUUCAAAGUGAAAUAAUAUGAUCCAAUCAGCAGCAAAUCUCCUUCCUGCAUGAAUCUAAACAUCUGCAGGAAACACCCAAGCAAAGCCCUAGUGACUACAGUGCAAGCCUCCAUUGAGUGGACAGAGAAAGGUUUUUUUUUUCCCCCUUGCAAAUAUGUUCCACCAUAAUAUAUACAAAACGAAAUUGAUAAAGGGUGAAGUGCAAGUGUAUUUAGCCUACAUUGUAGAGUGUGCUUUCCAUUUGUCUGAAUCAUGGAAAUAGUAUGUUGCCAUAAUGUAUAGUACUUCUGAAAGGGUGGGGCCAGGGGUGAAUCUACCGACACUGCCGAUGAGGAGUGGGCUCUGGACCAGACAAAAUGCAGCUAUAGCAUCGGGAAAAGAGGCAAAAGCAGAGCUCUAGUGUUGGGUUACAUGCUUAACAGUCAGUGGGAAACGUCAAGCACUAAGACACAGUCUAGCUGAAGCAGCAGCAGCAGCCUCUGACAGGGGAGAAGACAGGAAACCCUGCCUGGCCCUUUGGCUGUUGGGGCCAGUAGGGGUCAGGGGACAACAACACUCUGUCUGGGACAGGAUGCAGCUUUUCACAGGUCUGGGCCUGAAUCAGAGGAUAUCCACCUCAAAGGCUGCGUUUAGACAGGCAGCCCAAUUCUUAUAUUUUUACACUAAUUGGUAUUUUGACUAAUCACAUCAGAUCUUUUCACAUCAGAUCCUUUUCAGAGCUGAUCUGAUUGGUCAAAAGAUCAGUUACCCCUGUAUAUAGCCUCGCUACUGUUAUUUUAAUGCUGCUCUUUAAUUAUUUUUUAUUUUUGAGUUAUCGAUUUUUUACUUAACAACUAUUUUUCUUAAAACUGCAUUGUUGGUUAAGGGCUUGUAAGUAAGCAUUUCACUGUAAGGUCUACACCUGUUGUAUUCGGCGCAUGUGACAAAUAACAUUUGAUUUGAUUUGAUUAGGGGGGGAAAUACCAGAAUUGGGCUGCCUGUCUAAACGCAGCCAUUGUGUCACAGACGAGGCGGCCUUCUCAGUGGCACAUCGUCAAAAACAUUUUUUUUAUUAAAAUAGAUGAAUGUCAGACAGUGGUCUUACAAACUGUGCCAAACAGGAACGACACAAUUGUCUACCCUUUGGAUCUAAAAAGGGACAAAUACUUUUGAGGAAAUGUUUUAGCGACCAAGAUAGCAAUGGUGACUUUUGAUCUCUUUGUAGUGCUCAUAUCCUCUAGAUAUCGUUGUAGGAUUUGGAUGUUCAAAAGUUGCAGAGCCGCACUUUACAGAGAAUUAGUCUGCAGGUGAAGCUUAUUGCUAAAUGUGGUACAAUUACGGGUUCUCUUAGCAGGAAGUAUCCGCCUACAAUAUAUUAUAUUAUAUAAAUAAAAAACUAAACUUACUGAAUCAUUUAAUUAUUUUUGUCUUCCUCUCGUCUGUUGUUUGGUAUGGUUAUGGUGUUGCCACAGAAGUUAAGUAUCGUUAAAAAAAGACUGUUUGCUUCACAGUGCAAUCAGAAGACCCAUUUCAACAAUCAACAACAGCGAAACCAUCAGAUGCAAUUACAUGUAGGUACAUGUAUAUUAUAAAACAUUUGUGUUAUUGAGGUAAUAUUUCAAGAGACAGUGAUAGUAAUUUGAAAAAAUCUCAGGGAUUCCUGAUUUUCUUUUUAUUACAAACAAAAAAUGAACACUCAAGAGGCUGGUUGCAUUUUUAAGUCUGAAAGAUUUUUGCAUCACCUGCUGCUGCAAUGUUUUGUGAUUUGAAUCUUAUUCAUGAGUUAGAACAUCUUUGAUCUGUCAUCACAGCAACUGAGAAACCCACCACGACUGUUCAUCUUGUGGCUAUUUCAGCCACUGUAACGGUCUUACAAAAUGUUUCUGACACCACUGUGACCCCAAACAGUAAGUAAAAGAAAAAAUGUCAAAACAUGGUCUCAUAUUCAAACUGCUGUAUUAAUCUCUAGUUCAAAUAAGUGUCAGAACAUUAGGACAUUGUAACAUUAGAAAAUGUUCAAUCUUUAGAAAUUGGUACAGUAUGCUGGUGUAGAAACUCUGCUAUUAACACAGCAUCAUAUAAUGCAAAAUACAUAAUACUGGCUGUAUUUCUGUAUUUUGAAAGUCAUAUUACAUUUACAUUUUAGUCAUUUAGCAGACGCUCUUAUCCAGAGCGACUUACAUGAGCAAUUAGGGUUAAGUGCCUUGCUUAAGGGCACAUCGACAGAUUUCUCACCUAGUCGGCUCGUGGAUUAGAACCAGCGACCUUUCGGUUACUGGCACAACGCUCUUACCCACUAAGCUACCUGCCGCCCAUAUCCCUUGUGAACUUGAUUGCUGACAUGCAAAACAUUUUUGGGACUUUAUCAAUAAUGGACUAAAUACCAAAAUAUUGUUUUGGGGUGGAAUUUUCCUUUAAGACUGAUUUUACAUUCCAGAGACAGAGGAGAAAUCUGCCUCAGUCCCUGCUACAUCAGCAGUACCAGCAACAAAUACAACAGAAAAUACAAUGAAUUCAUCCUUACCCCAAGAUCCAGUGAGUUCCACAUCUCCACAUACUAAGGAUGAUGGUGAGACUUCAUAAACAUUUCAUUUAAAUUGGCCAUUGACAUUUCAUUUAUGAUAUUGACUUUAUAAUAUUGACAGUAUUUAAUACUGUCUUCUCUAUCAACUGCAUUUCUAUACAAUAGGUCAGAUGUGCUCACAUGUGAUUGUGGAAUAAGCUCUACAGAUGUAAAACCAGACCAUAUAUACAGCAUCUCAGAGUGCUGAUUUAGGAUCAGUUUUGCCUUUCAGAUAAUAAUGAAUAAGAUUACAUGGACAGGGAGGACCUGAUCCUAGAUCAGCACUCCUACUCUGAUAUGCUUGAUACUGCCCCAGAUCUUUUAAAUGUUAGACAUUUUCUGAACGAGUGCAUUCUACCUCUUUCGCAGAGGCAACAACAAAAAGGACCAAGGCCAUAACUGCUGUUACCCAGAGUGACCCACUCCCCCAAAAUACCACAGCUCAGCCAACCACAAAGCUCUUAUCAGGUAAGAUAAUAUUAUUUUACCCUCUCUCAAAUUACAAUAGAGAUAGGCUAGAUGAUAGCAAGUACUGCAUUGGGUUAACGAUACCAUGACCCCAUAACAAUGUUUUGCCAUUAAUGUUUUCUUCAGGUUCAAAGGAUGAAAUUACAGGUAAGUCUAAAGCACUAUCACUGUCCCUCAAUGCACUAUUUUGUCCACUACCUGUAUAGGAAAACAAGAUGGAAUACUGAUAAAAAUGACAAUGUUUUUCCAGGUCAAGAAAGAAACAAGAACAAUGGGAAUAUGGAUCAAGAUGCUGGUAGGUCCUCUGCUACCAUCAUAUGUAUAGGAAUCAACUUACAUUGCCACGAAUGGUGCUCCAUUUUCCUUGCACUGAAAAACACACAGUCAGCAAAAUAACCGUAACAUUUUAAAUGGAUACAUUAUCCAGAUGACAAGUUACCUACACUAUAUAUACAAAAGUAUGUGGACACCCCUUCAAAUUAGUGGAUUUGGCUAUUUCAGCCACACCUGUUGCUGACAGGUGUAUACAAUCGUGCACACAGCCAUGCAAUCUCCAUAGACAAACAUUGGCAAUACAAUGGCCUUACUGAAGAGCUCAGUGACUUUCAACCUGGCACCGUCAUAGGAUGCCACCUUUCCAACAAGUCAGUUCGUCAAAUUUCUGCCCUGCUAGAGCUUCCCCGGUCAACUGUAAGUGCUGUUAUUGUGAACCAGCAAAGGGGGGACCAACUCCAUAUUAAUGCCUAUGAUUUUGGAAUGAGAUGUUCGACGAGCACGUGUCCACAUACUUUUGGUCAUAUAGUGUAUUAUGCAACUAGCAUCUCCUUGUGGUCAUCGAAAGUUCAAAGUUACCGCAUAAAUCACGCUGCAGAGUAUAUAUAAUUUUUUCUACUCAGGUCAACAGGCUAGAGGUGAAGAGACGGAAGCUCUUAAAUCAAGUAAUGUAGCAACUUUACCUCAACAUUUAUGUUCUACCACACCCACCAGAGGGUGCACACACUUCACUUUUGACUGGGUUGUGUGUGUGUGUGUGUGUGUGUGUGUGUGUGUGUGUGUGUGGUGUGUGUGUGUGUGUACAAAGUCAAUAGUCAAGCCAUGUUUGAUUACAAAUCAUCAUAAAUUGCCUACAUUACACAUUGUCCCAACAAUGGUACUAAUCCAACUUCUCAUGGGAUGUGAAAAACAACUGUUUUGUCUGCCACACUAAAGAAAGAUAUGCCUCCUCUGUCUUCAGAUAAGAACCUGCUGUGGAUUCUUUUGCCAGUCCUGGUAGUUGUGGUGGCUGCUGUCAUCUUCCUUCUGAAUAGUAAAUGCAUGAAGGACCACGAUCACACAGGUACUACUUAAUGACUGAGAUAGAUGCACAGCAUUAUGUCAACAUGUCUAUUACAAACGAAAUAUCACUAAUUAAUCUAUUUUUUUUGUCUCUGAACAGAGAUAACUGAUAAUGGAACAGAAAAGUAAGUAUAGUCGUUGGACUGUACAUAAAGAUACCAUUUGGACAGGACCCCAUUUGAACAGUUCAAUUAUAAACUGGGUGGUUCGGGCCCUGAAUGCUGAUUGGCUGAAAGCCGUGGUAUGUCAGACCGUAUACCACGGGUAUGACAAAACAUUCAUUUUUACUGUUCUAAUUACGUUGGUAACCAGUUUAUAAUAGCAAUAAGGCACCUCGGGGGUUUGUGGUAUAUUGCCAAUAUACCACGGCUAAGGGCUGUAUCGUGUUGCAUCGUGCUUAAGAACAGCCCUUAGCCGUGGUAUAUUGGCCAUAUACCACACCCCCUUGGGCCUUAUUGCUUAAAUAUACCGUGAUCUUGUCAAAAAAGACUAUUUUACUACCAAUAUGCCCUGCUGUCUCCUCUUUGCAGUGCCUCUUUCCAGAGCAGGCCAGACAGCGGCAAAGAUGGUGUCAUGCUUCUCGGGGUGAAGUCUUCAGGUGGUGAAGACAAUGGUACAUUUAAACUGUUUACUUACUAGCAGGUUAGCACGGUCAAUGGUGUAAGGUACUUAAGUAAAAAUACUUUAAAGUACUACUUAAGUAGUUUUUUGAGGUAUCUGUACUAUAUUUUUGACUACUUUUACUUUUACUUCACUACAUUCCUAAUGAAAAUAUUGUACUUUUUACUCCAUACAUUUUCCCUGACAAACAAAAGUAAUAAAUGAAUCAUUUAGCAGACGCUCUUAUCCAGAGCAAUUAGGGUUAAGUGCCUUGCUCAAGGGCACAUCGACAGAUUUUUCACCUAGUCGGCUCGGGGAUUAGAACCAACGACCUUUCGGUUACUGGCACAACGCUCUUAACCACUAAGCUACCUGCCGCCCUACUAAAUAUUGAAUGCUUAGCAGGACAGGAAAAUAGUCAAAUUCACGCACUUAUCAAGAGAACACGUGGUCAUCCGUACUGCCUCUGGUCUGGCGGACUCACUAAACACAAAUGCAUCUUUUGUAAAAAUUUCUGAAUGUUGGAGUGUCCCCCUGGCUAUCCAAAAAUUAAGAAAACAAGACAAUUGUGCCGUCUGUUUUGCUAAAUAAUAGGAAUUUUAAAUUAUUUAUACUUUUACUUUUACUUUUGAUACUUCAGUAUAUUUAAAACCAAAAACGUUUUACUCAAGUAGUACUUUACUGGCUGACUUUCACUUUUACUUGAGUAACUUUCUAUUAAGGUAUCUAUACUUUUACUCAAGUAUGACAAUUGGGUACUUUUUCCACCACUGCAAACGGUGAGGUGGUGUUAUACUGUGUACUUUCCAGCACACUUCCAGCAACUAUGGUGAAUGCAUAACCAGGCCAGUGCAGUUCAGCUUGGCUUGGCUCAGUAGUGUGAAAAUAUUAUAACAAGCAAUUAGUCUAUUCCGUUCCCAUGACUCCUACCCUUCAAGUGAAGUAAAGACAAGGAGGAACACUUCAAUAAAACGUUAAAAAGUUCAAGAGAAACAUGCAUACCAUUAGUCUUCUUCUUCUACUAAACUUUUCCAAGUUCUCACACUCAUUUCCACCAUCCCUCUACAUUACAACUUUGUUUCAUCAGGCGUGGACCUGCAAUUAUUCCAGGGAAGCCUGGAGCUUUUAAUAUCUCAUUGUGCAUGUUCAGUAAAUGGGCCUGGGCUGCGGAGAACAGGGGAAGGUGUUUCCUGUGAUUUCUCAUCCCCAUCCUUGAAAGACCAGCAGAGGAUGAAAGAUGGGGACUUCCUCACACAAACACAGAAUAUUUUGGACUGGCCCUAUUGUGUGGAGCCCUGGGCCGGCAAAUGUCAAUGUGCCCUGGGUGGACCCUGUGUGUGUAGUUUGUGCCUCAGGCAUAUAUUAGGCCUACUUCCCCAAAUGGGAAUUAGGCAUACAAAUCCCCACCUUCCUCUCUUUUCACUGUUAUCAGAGCCUCGAUCUGUUGGCUGGUAAACUCUGAUAUCUGGACAAUAAUACAACACUGACCUCUACUGUUCUGUUGAGCAUCCACGAAGCAGGACACAAUGUUAUGGAACAUUCAGAUAGAAAUGUACUAUGCAGAACAAGCAUGCCUCACUGUCAUGUAAAAUAAGGAAUUACGUUGUCUCUAUUCAUGGCAUUUCGUUCGACAACAUUUGGCUACUGAUCGUGGCCCAGGAUAUUCCUAUUCUAAUGGGAGGGAAGUUGUAAUAUAAGGAGCGAUCUCAUUUAUAUAACCCCACCUGUCAAAUUAGAUCCUGUGUUAGGGUUUUAUAAUACAUAACCAGUUUGUGGAUUUUGAUCUCUCCAUUUCAGCUGCUGCAAGAUAAAAGGGAGGCCAUCCCAUUCUAAUGAGGCCAUCCCAUUCUAAUGAGGCCAUCCCAUUCGAA